GGUGAGUCCUACCUCCGAUAGAGUCACGGUGAAGCAUUCGAAAAGUUACAACUAUGGCAGCAUGAGGAUAAUCCCCGACUUGAACACACUGAGGCCUGUUCCCUGGGUUGAAAAUGGUGUCAAAGUCGCUGAAAUGUUAUGCGAGUCACGAUGGAAGACAGACAAUGCGCCGCAAGAAGCUUGUCCCCGCUAUGUGGCUCGCCAACAGUUACAACGAUUAGGCGAAUUGGGUCUCAAACUGUAUUCCGGAUUUGAAAUAGAGUUUACAUUAUUGGAGAAGAAGUCGUUGAAAUCAGUGAACGAGUUUAACGACGUUUACCGCCAGUCCAAUUUUGCUAAACAUAGCAAUUACUUCUUUGGGUUCGAUAGGAACUUUUUUGAGUCAAAGAUCGAUAUUGAGAGAUUUCACUGUGAAUUAGGCCCAGGACAAUUUGAAGUAGUAAUGAAACCAAAAUAUGGCAUCGAAUGUCCUGAUAUGACCUUGAACUUGAAAGAAGGACUUAUUGAAACGGCCAAUCAGAAGGAUCUCGUUGUGUCUUUCAUGACAGACUCACAAACCACUAACACUAGUCACUUUAACUUUUCGCUGUGGAGCGAAACAGGAGAAAAUAUGUUCUACGAUGCCAGUUCUCCAGACAACCUGUCAGUCACUGCAAAACAGUGGAUUGCAGGUAUCCUUAAGCACGGUAAAGCUCUCACCGCUUUCGCUAACCCUACCAUCAACUGCUUCAGAAGGAUCGGGGUAGAAAUGUGCCCCUCAGUUAUUUCCUGGGGAAUAGAAGACCGAGAUGGAUGCCUCCGGAUAAAAAAUGAAGGUCCCUUCAAAACAUACAUGGAAUAUAGACCUCCAAGCGGAAAGAUCAAUCCGUACUUAGUGAUGGCAUCCAUCAUCGCUGCAGGUCUGGAUGGAGUCAUCAACAAAAUGGAAUGCCCACCCCCGGGUAUAACAGGGAGCUCCGAGACUCUUCCCAACUCUCUGUCGGAAGCUCUGGAGGAGUUGGAAGAGGAUGUCGGGCUGGUGAAUGCCCUGGGACAGGAACUUGUCACCUGGUUUGUCAAGUGCAAGAGAGUUGGGGAGAUCGCUAAGUUUGAAGGUCUUCAAAACGAUGGAGAAGCAUUUGCUAUGGAGAGACAAUUGUACUUUUAGUAAUGCUACCAGUAUACAUGUCUCACUGUGCCAAGAAUACCUUAAAGGGACGAAAUUGGCCUUGAAGUGGAAUCUUAUGUUUAUUCAGAGAACGUAAAUAAUCAGACACAUUUAGUCCGGAGGUACCGUUCAAAUGGUUGAUAUCUCUUUACAUUCCUGUUUGACUGAGCUUAAUAUUUUUGGUGUUCUUUUCCACAAGUGUACCAUGAUCCCGCAUGCAUUCAUUGUCUAUUGAGCCAAAUGUGAAAAUGUUUGAAAUAUCUGUUUUACUAAACAUCACGUUUCCUCAGCGCAGUAUGACCGCCCCUGCUGUUGGAUGUGCUAUCGACUUCUCGAGAACUGUUGGCAUUUUUUUCAGGAAAAAACCCAAAACAGUUUAGUUUGCAUAUCUGUGCAUUUUAGACAGUUGUGAAAGCAUGUGACUUAAUUUAUCGACUCGCGGUUUUCCGAAACUAAACAUUCUAAGAUCAGCAUCGUUACAGUGUGCACAACAGUGCUGAUCAAUACGUCCUUGAUUGCUUCAGCACAUCAGUUGCGGGAGUUUGUGUGAAUGUGAAUCGUUGACUUUGCUCAGUCUGUAAAGACCUACACUAGCACGGGCUGGCUCAGUUAAACUUCGAAAUGCUCCAUUUCCAUAUCUGAUGUUUAUCUGGACUUUCCCCGCAAGUUGUCUCGACGCAACGAGAUGUUGAGGCAUU